GGGUGCUGGGGAUCAAUGGGCUUCGGAACUCGCCGUCCUCGGCUUGGCGGCGCCCAGGCAAGUGGGAGCCCGCACCCGGCCGGCUUUGGCGCGUGCCGGCGGCCGCCGAGCCGAGCAGUCCCCUUCCCGCCUUGGCGCCGCUGCUCAGUCGUCGGCGCCCUCCGCACGGUUGAGACGAUCUCGAGAGGGGCCCGGGUCCGCCGGAGCAGCGUCGGCAGCAGUUGGACUUUAAUUGGCCGGAGGAGGCAGCGGCUGUGUCUUUGGGGAGUUGCGAUGGAAGGCUCCGCGGCAGUGUCAUUGGUGGAGGAAACGGGGGCCGGGCGCUGUGCGGGAAUCGCCGAGGCAAGGGAGGCUGGGUCGCGUGCCAGAGGAGGAAGGCCCGUGUGUCCUAGGGCUGCUCUGACAUAUGCAUCCCCUUAUUCCUCCCGCAGACGUGUUGAGCCCCGCACUGUGUUUCAAGCACCGGGCAAAGUUCUGGGGAUAAAGGGUGACAUCAUCUUACUAUCGCUGCCCUUACAGACAAUUACGGGACAGAAUUUGGCUGAAUUGGAAGCGCUAUGUACUCAUCUCUACAUAGGGACUGAUCUUACACAAAGAAUAGAGGCUGAGAAAGCACUCUUGGAACUUAUUGACAGCCCGGAAUGUCUCAGCAAGUGUCAACUUCUGUUAGAACAAGGAACAACAUCCUAUGCUCAGCUCCUUGCAGCAACAUGUCUUUCAAAGCUUGUCAGCCGAGUCAAUCCUUUACCUGUUGAACAGAGGAUAGAUAUCAGAAACUACAUUCUGAAUUAUGUGGCAUCACAACCCAAGCUGGCUGCCUUUGUCAUACAAGCUCUUAUUCAAGUCAUUGCUAAAAUCACUAAGUUGGGGUGGUUUGAGAUUCAGAAAGACCAGUUUGUCUUCAGAGAAAUUAUUGCUGAUGUGAAAAAAUUUCUUCAGGGUACUGUGGAACACUGCAUAAUAGGAGUAAUAAUCCUUUCUGAAUUGACUCAGGAAAUGAACCUGGUUGAUUAUUCUAGACCUUCAGCAAAACACAGGAAAAUAGCAACCUCAUUUCGUGACACUUCUCUCAAAGACAUUUUAGUUCUAGCAUGCUCUCUUCUGAAAGAGGUGUUGGCCAAACCUUUAAAUCUUCAAGAUCAAUGUCAACAAAACCUUGUCAUGCAGGUCUUGAAACUGGUCCUCAACUGUCUUAACUUUGACUUCAUUGGCAGUUCAGCAGAUGAAUCUGCAGAUGAUCUUUGCACGGUGCAGAUUCCUACAACUUGGAGAACAAUUUUCCUGGAACCGGAAACAUUGGAUCUUUUCUUCAAUUUGUAUCAUUCACUUCCACCACUGCUGUCUCAGUUAGCACUUUCAUGUUUAGUUCAGUUUGCUUCUACAAGAAGGUCCUUAUUUAGCAGUCCUGAACGUGCCAAGUACCUUGGCAAUUUAAUUAAGGGAGUAAAAAGGAUACUUGAAAACCCUCAGGGUUUGUCUGAUCCAGGUAAUUAUCAUGAAUUUUGCCGAUUUUUGGCUCGGCUAAAGACAAAUUAUCAGCUAGGAGAAUUAGUUAUGGUGAAGGAGUAUCCUGAAGUUAUCAGAUUGAUUGCUAAUUUUACCAUUACUAGCCUACAGCACUGGGAAUUUGCUCCCAACAGUGUUCAUUAUUUAUUAACACUGUGGCAAAGGAUGGUAGCAUCAGUUCCUUUUUUGAAAUCAACUGAACCUCACUUAUUAGACACCUAUGCUCCAGAAAUCACCAAGGCCUUUAUUACUUCUCGGUUGGAAUCUGUGGCCAUAGUUGUGAGAGAUCAUUUAGAUGACCCACUGGAUGAUACCGCUACUGUGUUUCAGCAAUUGGAGCAGUUGUGCACUGUCAGCAGAUGUGAAUAUGAAAAGACAUGUACUCUUCUUGUACAGUUAUUUGACCAGAAUGCACAGAAUUACCAAAAACUUCUACAUUCAGCUUCUGGACUAACUGUAGACAUGGCAAUUCAGGAAGGACGUCUUGCUUGGCUGGUGUAUUUAGUUGGGACAGUUGUAGGAGGAAGAUUGACAUAUACCAGUACAUAUGAACACGAUGCCAUGGAUGGAGAAUUAUCCUGUCGAGUUUUUCAGCUUAUCUCUUUAAUGGAUACUGGAUUGCCUCAGUGUUCUAAUGAGAAAAUAGAGCUUGCAGUUCUGUGGUUCCUGGAUCAGUUUCGUAAAACAUAUGUUGGUGAUCAACUUCAAAGAACCUCAAAGAUGGUCAAGCAGGUACACCCACUGGAGAGGACACCGAAGAAGCACAGAGGGGAAAAGUCCGUGGUACUCACAGGUCCUAGAGUCAGAGUCACUGCAUGCCUAGAGGAGAUCGCAGAAGGCAAACAGAGGAGCCAACUCAGCCGUCAGGUGGUACGGCUCAGAAGUGAUGUAUCCAGAGUUCCAGAGAAGGCUUGGAAAAUAGUUAAGGUAUAUGCCCGUAUGUCAGAAGUCUUAGGAAUAACAGAUGACAACCAUGUUCUGGAAACUUUCAUGACGAAAAUUGUUACAAACCUUAAAUACUGGGGAAGAUGUGAGCCUGUAAUUUCAAGAACUCUUCAGUUCCUAAAUGACCUUUCUGUUGGCUAUAUCCUUUUAAAAAAACUUGUGAAAAUAGAUGCUGUGAAAUUCAUGCUAAAAAACCACACGAGUGAACACUUCCCCUUUCUUGGCAUCACUGACAAUUACAGUCUGAGUGACUUCAGGUGCCGAACAACCUUCUACACAGCCCUCACCCGCCUUCUGAUGGUAGACCUAGGCGAAGAUGAAGAUGAAUUUGAAAAUUUCAUGCUGCCUCUUACAGUCUCUUUUGAAACAGUAUUACAGAUAUUCAACAACAACUUUAAACAGGAAGAAGUGAAGCGUAUGUUGAUCGGGCUGGCAAGAGAUCUUCGAGGGAUUGCCUUUGCACUGAACACAAAGACCAGCUACACCAUGCUGUUUGACUGGAUACUUUAUAAAAGGUACCCAACAUACCUUCCCAUUCUUCAGAGGGCUGUUGAACGGUGGUAUGGAGAGCCGGCGUGUACAACUCCCAUCCUGAAACUCUUGGCAGAGCUGAUGCAGAACAGAUCUCAGCGUUUGAAUUUUGAUGUAUCAUCUCCUAAUGGGAUUCUUCUCUUCAGAGAAGCUAGUAAAAUGAUUUGCACUUAUGGUAAUCAGAUCCUGUCCCUGGGGAGCCUCUCAAAAGAUCAAAUGUAUCCAAUGAAACUCAAGGGCAUCUCCAUCUGCUAUUCAGCUCUCAAAUCUGCCUUGUGUGGAAAUUAUGUCAGCUUUGGCGUCUUCAAGUUGUAUGGGGACAACCAUUUUGACAAUGUACUCCAGGCCUUUGUCAAAAUGCUGCUGUCAGUGUCCCACUGUGACUUGCUACAAUAUCGGAAACUGAGCCAGUCUUAUUAUCCACUCCUGGAAUGUCUCACCCAGGACCACAUGAGCUUCAUCACCAACUUAGAGCCUCCUGUGCUCCUGUACGUCCUCACGUCCAUCUCCGAGGGCCUCACUACUCUCGAUACAGUUGUCUCCUCCAGCUGCUGCAUCAGUUUAGACUACGUCGUCACCUACCUCUACAAGCACAUAGCAAAAGAGGGCAAGAAGCCACUUCGAUGCAGAGAGGCAACCCAGGCUGGCCAGAGACUAUUACAUUUUAUGCAACAAAACCCAGAUGUCCUGCAGCAGAUGAUGUCCGUGCUCAUGAAUACCAUUGUCUUCGAAGACUGUCGGAACCAGUGGUCGGUGUCCAGGCCUCUCCUGGCGCUCAUUCUGCUCGACGAGAAGUAUUUCAGUGAACUGAGAGCAAGCCUGAUAAACAGCCAGUCACUCCCCAAGCAGGAGGUCCUUGCCCAGUGCUUCAGGAAUCUGAUGGAAGGAGUGGAGCAGAACCUGUCUGUCAAGAACAGAGACAGGUUCACCCAGAACCUCUCUGUCUUCAGAAGAGAUGUGGCAGAGGCCCUGCGCUGUGACGGCAGCACUGAACCCUGCAGCCUGGACAUGAUGAGCUGACCCGAGCCAAUCAGCCUUCAUCAGGAGACUCUUGGUGGGCCGGGUCUCAGGACAGUGACGUUGGCUAGCCCCGGAAAAAUCUAUUUUUCAAGCAAAUAACAGCAAAAGCCCUAUCUUUUUAUAAGUCUGGCCUAAUUAUAAGAAUGUAUAAUAGUGCACAAUGUAAAUUCAGUCCAUGCUCUGAAAAAGCGUAAGAUGUGUUUCAGUCUUUCUACCAGAUAUCAUUUUCUUUGUUCUCCAAACGCUCUGAAAGGAUGUAAAAACAGUAUUUAACCAAAGAACGUAAUAAACCGGGUUUGCGCCCACGUGUGCACUAGUUAA